UGUAAAAGCAACAACAUCUACUAGGUCUGAGACAAAACAGCUCAGCUAGCUAACUUUCUCUGUAUGUGGCAGUCGGCGGUGUGGUGUUAGUGUACGUGUCCGGUUUUAGACUCUGCUGAGGCAGCGUUUAACUUAACGAGUCAGUCGUCGUUCGUCGGACUAGUAGCCGCUGCUAGGUCAGUCGAUUGAAAUGAAGGUUGUUUGUUUCUUCAGAAGUGUAUCUCUUUGUGUAGCAAAUGUUAGCUAGUGAUUGGUUAUUGCUGAGUUUCACAGCGUAUUUUCUUGGGCAUUAUGACGAAUAUACUGAGCUGCUUUUAAAUAGCAACUUGCCAUCGUCAGCUGAGCUGCAACAUUUCAAAAUACAUAACAAGAGAUGCAGGGCAGUUAAUGUUAACUAGCAAACUGUUGUGCCAAAACAUAAAGUAAUUACUAGUCUGCACAGUUGUGUUUGAGAUUGCUACCUGGACUCGCAUUACCACAUACUGAAUAUCCGCAUUGACAAUAAGUAGCAACAAGGUCAGCUGAACAUUUCAUUGUACUUUUUAACAGUAUUGCACAUAAGUGAAUUGGCUUUUUAGAGAGUUUGAACAAAAAGGUUACAUCACAUCUGGUCAUAGAGAUUUGUUUAACUGUGCCAUAACCUUGUGUCUUCCACCUGCAUUGCUUUUGCAAUCAUAGUUACUUAAAGUAGUACUUUAAGGCACAGUUCCCCCUCUUAUCAACACCAAGGGUCGUGUCCAGACCUGUCAGGUUUGAGAUGAGUAGUCAAGGUCCAGCUGUAGAUAAAGGAAUGAACACAAUUCUAGUCUGUCAGGAGAGCUAUGCCUGUGGGGGUUCAGAUGAGGCUGCGUUUGAAUGUGAUGAGUGUGGCAGCUUGCAGUGUGCCCGCUGUGAACUGGAGCUCCAUCGCCAGGAGCGGAUGAGGAAUCAUGACCGGGUUCGGAUUGCACCAGGACAUGUUCCUUUCUGUGACUCCUGUAAAGGAGACAGCAGCUGCUCUGUCAAUGGUGGGCGGCUCAGAGCUGUGGUGCGCUGCCAGGGUUGUAAGAUCAACCUGUGUCUAGACUGCCAGAAACGUACCCACAGUGGAGUCAACAAGAGGAAGCACCCUCUGACAUCUUAUCCUCCAGCCAAAGCUCUCCAGGAGAACAGCGUGACUGCUGGGGAGGCAGAUAUUGAGAUCUUAAAGGCCAAGCUGGAGAAGGUGUGCAGCUUCCUUUUGGUGGACGAAAAGGAGGAGAUGCAGGUGAAGGAUGAGGAAGACUUUGUUGGACGACUUGGCUGCAGACCAGAUGAGCUCCUCAAGGUGGUCUCUAUCUUUGGGAACACUGGGGAGGGCAAGUCCCACACCCUGAACCAUACAUUUUUCCUUGGGAGAGAAGUGUUCAAGACCUCACCCACCCAGGAGUCCUGCACUGUGGGUGUUUGGGCAGCUAUGGACCCUGUGCAUUGGGUUGUAGUCAUCGAUACAGAGGGACUACUUGGGGCUGGAGCCAAUCAGGGUCAGCGAACCCGGCUGCUUCUCAAGGUCCUGGCUAUCUCUGAUGUGGUCAUCUACAGAACACAUGCUGACCGUCUCCAUGACGAUCUCUUCAAGUUCCUUGGUGAUGCAUCAGAUGCCUACUUGAAACAUUUCACUAGGGAGUUGAAGGCGACUACCAGCCGCUGUGGUCUGGACGUCCCGUUGUCCACUCUGGGCCCUGCGGUGAUCAUCUUCCAUGAGACCGUCCAUACCAAGCUACUAGGAUCAGACAAGCCAUCUGAAUCAGCUGAGCGUCUGCUUCAGGAGCGUUUCAGGAAGCUGGGUCUGUUUCCAGAAGCUUUCAGCUCCAUCCAGUACCGUGGAACUCGCACCUACAACCCACCCACAGACUUCAGUGGUCUGCUGCGCAGCCUGGAGCAACAGCUGGAUAACAACACCACCCGCUCACCUCGUUCUGCCAGUGUCAUCUACAAGGCUCUGCAGGCCCUCAGUGAACGCUUCAGUGGGGAGAUUGCAGAUGAGCACAUGAUCAGUAACUCCUUCUUUCCAGACGAGUACUUCACCUGCUCUAGCAUCUGCCUCAGCUGUGGUUCAGGCUGUAAGAGAAGCAUGAAUCACCUAAAGGAAGGACUCGACCAUGAAGCCAAACAUCGCUGCCGCUACUCUGCACAGUAUGACAAUCGCAUCUACACCUGCAAGGCCUGCUAUGAGGGAGGGAAGGAGGUAAUAGUGGUUCCCAAGACGACGGCCUCCUCUGACUCACCAUGGUUUGGCCUGGCCAUCUACGCCUGGUCAGGGUAUGUCAUUGAGUGCCCAAACUGUGCAGUGAUCUACAGAAGCAGGCAGUACUGGUAUGGAAACCAGGACCCAGUGGAAACAGUGGUCAGAACAGAAAUCCAGCACAUCUGGCCUGGGUCUGAUGGGUUUUUGAAAGACAACAACAAUGCUGCUCAGAGGUUGCUGGAUGGAGUGAAAUACAUUUCUCAGUCAGUGUCUGAACUCAGCGUCAAGCCUGCCAAAGCAGUCACCUCCUGGCUUACGGACCAGAUUGCUCCCACCUACUGGAAACCCAACUCCCUUAUCCUGCGAUGCCAUAAAUGUGCGGAAGAGUUCCAGCCCAACGACACCAAGCACCACUGUCGUGCCUGUGGAGAGGGUUUCUGUGACGCCUGCUCCUCCAAAACACGACCGGUCCCAGAGAGGGGCUGGGGCCUUGCACCCGUGCGAGUUUGCGAUGCAUGUUUCCACAACAGGGGAAUCCCGACUGAGUUGCUGGACGCUGCCUUGGAGGAGGAAGGAGGCACUCUGAUAGCCAGGAAGGUCGGGGAGGCUGUUCAGAACACUUUAGGAGCUGUCGUUGGUGCUAUCGAUAUACCUCUGGGCCUGGUGAAGGACGCAGCUCGCCCGGCCUACUGGGUCCCAGAUCAGGACAUCCACUCCUGCUGCGAGUGCCAGAAGGAGUUCGCCCCACGUCUCUCCAUCCACCACUGUCGCGCCUGUGGCCAGGGCGUGUGCGACGACUGCUCCCAGGAGCGGCGCUCUGUGCCCUCGCGUGGCUGGGAUCAUCCUGUGAGGGUCUGCAACGGUUGCAACCAGAAACCCGGGGAGCUCUAGCAGGACCAGGAAUAAGAGUCAGAGUGGUAAUGUUUUAAGGACGCCGACUUAUACGAAACCUGGAAUUGACACCAUUUCGACUCAAAGACGCUAAAAGACGUCAGAUCCUUGUUGUCUUUAGUGGCUUGUCUUGGCUGCCACCUGACUGUCUGUGGCAGGUUGGACUUAUUGUUUUUUAACGCUGUCCUCACGUCACUUCAGUCCCUCGAUGCUAUCUCACUUUAAUAUCCCUAUAUUUUACACUGUGAAGAACACCAGUCAGAGUGAGAUUUGUAUCAAUAUCAAGAAGACAGGAGAGGUGAAACAACUCAGAGAGAUGAUGAAAGUGAGUAUUGUACAGUAUAUGCUUGCUUCCAGUUGAGUUCAGGUAAAUUUCCACGUGCCCCUUUAGACCCUUUUCAAAUUUGUAUUGAUGCACAUGAAACCCUUACCCCUUUGACAAUCCCUCUCAGUGUGACACACUAGUACUAUUAGCACCUUUUUGUAGACUGGGGCUACAUGUGUAAACUGUGUAAUAAUAGAAGUACUAACUGAUUCCAGGUAAGCACUUUUAGUCUAAGGUUGUUUCUGGAUUUAACAUUCAGAACUGGCUUGAGAGGAAAUGAGGGAAAACCUGAAAAAUGAUCCACCACAAGGAAUUCUGAUCCAUGUUUGACUGGAUCCACUGUAAUGUCCCUCUGGUCCAGCCUCGCUAGCUUUAGCUUUCCUGCCACUCUUUGGCUUCAGGAGUAUUACCACAAUCAGAAGCCACUGAUGUACUGUAGCACCGACAUGCAUUCCAGCUUAUAUAAUUACUCAGUAAUAACUACUUGUAUAAUCCCUUGAUCCUUUUGUGGGUGUUUGAGCAUCUGAGUGGGCAGAUGAUAAUAGAACAGCCUUAAUAAUGCUGUCCACAUAGACUGUUUUACAUAGAAUAUAUACAUAUAUGGGAAAAAAGUUUACUUUUAACAGGGACAUUUCUAAAUGGCCUCGUUGUGUUUUUAAAAUGUCAAAACUACUAUCUGUUAACAAGACAAAUCUGACUGCAGCAGGAUAAGAUGCAACAGAAACUGCUUUUAUAGAGUGGCUGGCUCACAGUAGCAAUAUGGUACAGAGAAGAAGUCAAACCAUCUUUUUGAGGCUGGCCCCUCAAAACAGGAAAUAUUUAGAAGAGUAAUAAUCCUUUACUCUGUCAACUCAGGCUGUGUAGCUGGUUAGAGAGGAGCUUUUAAUGAGCGAUGUACCUGACAAUUAUCUUAUAAAUGCAACAUGUAAUCCAGUCAGGCUUUUGACUGAACACCCAGGCAUUGUGAGGUCUGACUGUGUUGAUAGUUAAUGUAGGAUUUUUCUUUCAGAGACUGACUGGGAGAGUUGGUUGGAUUAUGCUGAAAUAACAGACUUUGACCUGAAUGAGUGAACCAUCUCAUCAUCUCAGAGAUACAGAUAUCACAUGGAACAAAUCAAUACCUUUAUGUUCAUGUAUGCUCAUACACUAUGUAUUAAACUGCAGAAACCUC